CACACUGCGCCACUGCGUUGCGUACAUGGAAAAUAUGCAAACCAGUAACGCGAAAGCACUACCACCAACGUCACCGGGCUGCAGUUUGGAGGACGCGCUCUCUUAUCUGGAUCAAGUCAAGUUCAAAUUCAGCGAUCAACCCCAGGUCUACAAUGACUUCGUAGAUAUCAUGAAAGAAUUUAAAUUCCGAAGCAUAGAUACUCCAGAAGCCAUAAGAAGAGUCAGUCACCUAUUUCAAGAUCAUCCCGAACUAAUAGUUGACUUUAACAGUUUUUUGCCGUCUGGUUAUAAGAUUGAGGUUCAAACCAACGAGCACGGCUACGCCUAUCAUGUAUCUGUGAGCAUGCCUAACGAGGGAACUCGGUAUACCUCGAUUUCCCAAAAUCACUGCACUCGUAAUGUCAGUUCGCCGCCGAUUUCGAGUCCAUCGAUUCCAUCCACAAAGGCUCAGCCGGUCCUCCAAAUAAUGCAGGGAUCUGUAAGUGCACACUAUGCUCCGCGCUCAAACAACAUUUCAAACAAUAAUUCGGUGCAUGUUUCUGCAUCAUCGCCAGUUCAAUCCUGUAAUAAUUUACACGUCGCUGAAACACAAGCACAGGAGAAUGAACCUGUUAAAUUUGACCAUGCCAUCAACUAUGUUAAUAAAAUUAAAAACCGAUUCCAAGGCCAGCCAGAUACGUACAAGAAAUUUUUAGAAAUUCUGCAUAAUUAUCAGAAACGGCUGAAGGAAGCGGAAGCUGAAGUCUACGGCCAAGUGGCCAAGCUUCUUGAAAAUCAAGAAGACCUUCUUCAAGAAUUUGGAGAGUUUCUACCUGAUGCAGCGAAUCAACAAAUCCCACUGUCUGCUAUUUUUCAGACAAACAAGGUCGACCCGAUUAACGAUAACUCGACGAUCACUAAGAAACCUUUAGGACGGAAAAUGCCUUAUAAUAAUUAUGGUGCUCUGCCGAGAGAUCACCGAGAUUCGGGAUGAAAGGGCGAUCCCAAACGGGAAAAUCGGGAAGACCGAGAUUGAAAAAGAGACAGAGGAGAAUCAAGGGAUUUAAGCAUGGGCCAAACAUUUGUCCACAGUAUGGAAAAAUUGAGCAGAAAUCUUUCCAUUCGAUGUCUACAAGAAAUUUGCAUCACCCUUUUCCUGUUCCACCAAACACGAACGACAUAGUAAAUUUGGAUAUUGACAAUCUGAGUAUAAUUAAUGGUUUCAUCACAUCAAACCAUCUUCUCUAAA